GUUGGGGGCAUUAGAUCAGGCCUGCUUUCUAACCUAACUACGCAAACUACAGUAACUACUCAAACUUCAGUGACUACACAAACUAUAGUAGGUACACAAACUACGGUGACUACACAAACGACAGUAACUACACAAACUACAGUAACCACACAGACCACAAUAACUACACAAACUACAGUAACUACACAAACUACAGUAACCACACAGACUACAAUAACUACACAAACUACAGUAACUACACAAACUACAGUAACCACACAGGCUACAAUAACUACACAAACUACAGUAACUACACAAACGACAGUAACCACCCAAACUACAGUAACUAAAUAGACUACAAUAACUACACAAACUACAGUAACUACACAAACUAGAGUUACUGCACAAACU